CCGACCAGUCUUGAGCGGACUUUCCUCACGAGUAGAGCGCAUAGCGCCGCCGGUCGGGUAGGGUUGGGUACGCCCCUGUGGGAGUGCAUGUGUGUAUGAGUGUUCGCGACAGCAACAUGUGCGCGCGCGGAGUGGUGAAGAGUGCAUAGUGCAUCGCAGCGAUUGUGUGUGUGUGAGAGAGUGCGAGUGUCAAAGUGUCACAGUGUCAGUGCUCGCCCACCAUGACUACCAUGACGUGGGCCGUGGUGUUGUGCCUCGCCGUGCUGGCGGUACUUCCCCGACAUGGAUUUGCCUUCAACGUGGACGUGGAGUCUGCGGUGCCCUACCGCGGCGUCAAUGGAUCCAUGUUCGGCUUCACCGUCGCCGAGCACCGCGACCGCGGCCAGAGCUGGGUGCUGGUCGGGGCCCCCGAGGCGCAGACCGGGCAGCCCGGAGUGUCGCGGGGCGGCGCCGUGUACCGCUGCGACACCCGCGGCGCCGACCACUGCCAGGAGAUCCCCUUCGACCGAACCGGCUCCAAGAACAACUCCCAGGGCCAGCAGAUCGACGAGAAGUCCAACCAGUGGUUCGGCGCCACGCUGUACAGCUCGGGCGACGACGGCGUUGUCGUGGCCUGCGCGCCGAGAUACGUGUACUUCGCCAACUCCGUGAACCGCAAGGACCCCGUCGGCACCUGCUGGGUGUCGCGCGAGGGCUUCUCCGACUUCGCCGAGUACGCGCCCUGCAGGACGAAGCACUGGGGCUACCACCGGCAGGGCUCCUGCCAGGCGGGCCUCGGCGCCGCCAUCUCCAAGGAUGGCAAUCGACUCUUCAUCGGGGCUCCGGGCAGCUGGUACUGGCAAGGCCAGGCCUACUAUGUAAACACCGCGUACAAGUUCCCCUUCGUUCCGUCAAGGAACUUGCCGUACGGCUCCGGCGCAGGCCAGGUGCACUCGCAGUCCCUCAAGGACAGCCAGAUCGUGGUGGCGACCAGCGAGGGCUCCGCCGUGGACGACGACUCGUACCUGGGCUACUCCGUCACCACGGGGGACUUCGACGGCAACGGCGAGGUGGACGUGGCCGUCGGCAUGCCCAGGGGCAGCUCACUCGUCGGCAGGGUCGUGGUCUACAGCUGGAACAUGGUGAACCUGUUCAACCGCACCGGUGACCAGAUGGGCUCCUACUUCGCGUACUCGCUGUGCACCUCCGACGUGGACGGCGACGGCCUGGACGACCUGGUGAUCGGCGCGCCCUUGUACACGCACUACGACAACAACGACGGCAAGUACGAGACGGGCCGCGUGUACGUCAUCUACCAGGGCAGCGGCGUGUCCAAGUUCCGGGAGGUCACCACACUGGACGGCAAGAACUCCAAGGCGCGCUUCGGCCUGGCGCUCACCUCCAUGGGCGACGUCAACAAGGACGGCUUUGGAGACUUCGCCGUGGGUGCGCCGUACGACGGACCGCGCGAGCGAGGCGCCGUCUACAUCUUCCACGGCUCCAAGGACGGCGUGCUGGAGAAGGCCUCGCAGGUCAUCUUCGCCGAAGACAUCAACUACCAGCUGUCCACCUUCGGCUUCUCCAUGUCGGGCGGUCACGACCUGGACAACAACGAGUACCCCGACCUGGCCGUCGGCGCCUACGAGUCCGAUUCAGCGGUCUUCUUCAGGUCUCGCCCCGUCGUCCAGAUGACGGGCCAAGUCGCCUUCAGCAUCGACUCGAAGCAGAUCAGCCUGGAGCAGAAGAACUGCACGCUGCGCGACGGCACCCGCGUACCCUGCGUGCCCCUCAACGCCUUCCUCAAGUACGGCGGCGUCAACGUCGACGACUCCAUCGAACUGGAGGUGCAGUUCGUGCUGGACGCCCGCAAGCCCAAGAGCCCCCGCAUGUUCUUCGUGUCCGACUCCGGCCGCAACGUGAUGAACCAGACGGUGCGCCUGGACAAGAACGUCCUCUUCCAGAAGAGCAUGUUCGUGUACAUCAAGCCGGACUUGCGCGACAAGCUGACGCCGCUGGACGCGGAGAUGCGCUACAGCAUGAACAUCCGGCGCACCAGCUCGCUGCCGCCCAUCCUGGACCAGGACACGGCGCCCGUGCAGAGGGACUCCAUCAGCGUGCAGAAGAACUGCGGCCGCGACAACGUGUGCAUCCCCGACCUGCAGCUCGUCGCCCACUCGAACGUGAGCACCUACCUGCUCGACUCGGAGCAGCUGCUGGCCAUCGACGUGGAGGUGCGCAACGAGGGCGAGGACGCGUUCGAGGCCACCUACGAGAUGAAGAUCCCGCUCGGCAUGGACUACAAGAGGAUCCAGCGCCUGGACAAGUCCGAGAGGGAGAUCCCCGUGCAGUGCUCUCCGCCCAGCGCCACCAACAACAACACCCUGCGCUGCGACAUCGGCAACCCGCUGCCCAAGGCCAAGAGGGUCCACUUCAAGGUGCUGCUGCAGCCCUUCCACCGGGAGGGCAUGAAGCCCCGCUACGAGCUCAGCAUGUCCGUCAACAGCACCAACCCCGAGAACAAGAACUCGGUCGCCGACAACAUCAAGAACAUCAACAUCCCCAUCCAGGUGGACACGGACCUCAUCCUCGAGGGCACCUCGCACCCGUCCGACUUGCACUUCAACACGACGCAGUACCGCAGCGAGGCGCUAGCGGCGGGCGUGAGCGAGACGGAGGUGGGCCCGCAGGUGGUGCACGUGUACAGCAUCCGCAACAAGGGCCCCUCCGGCAUCCAGGAGGCGCAGGCCGACUUCCUGUGGCCGGCCUACACGCUGUCCGGCGAGCCGCUGCUCUACUUGCUGGAGCAGCCCGAGACCAGCGGGCCCGUCAAGUGCGAGUUCGCCGAGGCCAUCAACCUCGAAGGCAUCGUCAUCGAGCGCAGGGGCAAGUCCUUCCUCGAGUCCAUCGGCGCCGCGGGCUUGUACGGCUCGCUCGGCUCGGGUGCCGGCAGGAGAGGUGGCGAGAUCACCGAGGAGGAGCGCAUCAGCAUCGCGCAGGAGCACCGCGAGGAGGUGCUGGAGACGAGCGGCCAUCGGCAGCACGGCGGCGGCUACCGCUCCGAGUCGCACUUCGAGAGCCGCGGCGGCGCGGCGGUCGGCGCCUCCAGCCAGGCGGGCGUGCGCGCGGGGGCGGGCUCCGGCGUGGCCGUGGGCGGCUCCAGGCAGCGCGGCCGCGGAGGGGCUCGCGUCGACAGCUCCUACGAGGCCGAGUACGAACGCAGCGGCGGCGCGGCCAGGGCCGGCGGCGCCACCAUCGUGGAGGGCUCGUACCGCAGCAGCACGGCGCAGCAGGCUGGCGGCCGCCGCGUGGAGGCCGAGGCUGGCUCCUCGCACGUCAGCGGCGGCCGGCGCUACGAGGCCGAGUACGGCUCCUCGCAGGCCGGGGGCGACCGCCGCGUCGAGUACGGCGGUGCGCAGGCUGGAGGAAGCCGCACUGUUGUGGUGGACCACACCGUCGAGUCCGGGUCCUCCUUCCGCGGCCAGUCCUCCGUGUCCGCGACCACGGCCUCCUCCACGUCGAGGCGCACGGGAUACGAAGGCGGAUACGAGGCAAGCUACGAGCAGGGCGGCGCGUCCAGGAAUGCGGGCGGCAUCGGCGUGGCCGGCGGCCGCCGGACCUUCUCCCACGAGCGUUCGCACUCGAGCAACUCGUCGUGGAGCUCGGAGGACGGCGGCAGGCCGCGCGUCCACAGCGCGUCGUCCUGGCGCACCGAGGAGGACGGCGUGGUGCGCGAGGGCAGCUCGUCGACGCAGGGCUACGCGGACGCCGAGCUGGAGGAGCGGCGGCGAUACGAGAUGGAGCGGCGGCGCCACGAGGAGGAGGUCCGGCGCGUGGAGGAGGAGCGGUACCGCAUCGAGCUGGAGACGCGCCGCGCCGAGGAGGAGCGCCGACGCCUGGAGGAAGAGCGGCGACGCACCGAGGGCCGCAGCCACGUGGACUACGCCAGGCACUACGAGGGCGGCCGCGGCACGGCGGCCGGGGCGGCUGCUGCUGGCUACGGAUCCGUCCGGUCGUCUUCCGCGUCGUCGUCGUCUGCCUCCAGCAGCAGCAGCAGUAGCAGCAGCAGUAGCAGCGGUGGCGGGGUGAGCGUGGCCGCGGCGGUGGGCGGUGGCUCCGACAGCGUGGCCAACCUGCGACCGCGCGGCGGCGGCAACGCGUCCGGGGCGUCUGGAGGCUCCACCGACACGAGCCACUUCGCGUGGGAGCAGGCGGCGCUCAACCCGUCGUCCGCGGCGGGCAAAACGCCCUACGGCACGCCGGCGCACACCACGGUGCUGGACCUGGGCGUCGACGCGGCCGGACUGCGCGGCGCCAUACAGGGCCACGGCCAAGGCCAACGCCAAGGCUCUGUCACCGUCACCGGAUCCCGCACGUACGAGGCCGAGUACGAGGACGAGGCAGAGGCCAGGGCCGCGGCGGCCUCCGGCUCGGCAGGGCAGUACAGUGGCGGCCGCCGCGAGUGGUGGUCGUCGUCGUCCUCGCAGCACGGCGCGGGACACGGCGCGGCACACGGCAAGGACGAGGAGUACCAGCGCCGCGAGGAGGCCAAGUACUACAGCGGCAGCAGCAGCAGCCAGCACUCGACUCACGCCGACGACGGAAACGGACUCGUCGACGCGAGGUCGUCUGACGUACAAAACAGGUUCAAGCUGUACCAACGAAUUCGUCGAGAAACCGAAGAAGAGUCAUUCAGAGCGAGAAAUGACUUGGAUCUUCCAGAAUGUAACCCAGUCAAGUGUGUCCAUCUCAGGUGCACUGUUGGCCCUCUCCAGAGAGACCAAGAGGCGUAUGUUGCAAUCCGUUCAAGACUGGUGGUUGGCACAGUGAAAAAGAUCUCAUCGACCGAGGAGCUGAGAUUAUCAUCACUUUUGUCUGCACGGAUAACUCGGCUGCCUCACAUAGGUGAACCUGACAACUCAGUAAGACGGCAAAGAGAAGUUUUCACUCAAGUCAUUCCAUCAGACCUGGCUGUCAAGUCAGAUAUAGUUCCAUUGUGGGUUGUGGUGCUCUCAGCAUUUGCUGGAACACUGAUUCUCUUGCUGCUGAUAUUCUUACUGUGGAAGUGUGGGUUCUUCAAACGCAACCGACCAAGUAAUGCUCCUGAAAAGGAGCCACUUAAUCGAAAUGGCCACUAUAAUGGUGAUGAAGCUUUGUGACAGCGUUUCUAACUGCACCCAUUUAGACAGGGGUGUGUGCAAAUUUUGAUAUUUCCUUGGUCAUGAAGAUGGGAAAUUUACCUCUCUCCGAAUCGGCACAAUUAAAUUGUGCUGUUUGGUAUUUAUGAACUGACUGGUGCGGGACCACCAGUAAAUGUCAGUAAUUAGUCAACUAAUAAUUUAUGAAUGGUAUGAGUGAAUUGUGUGAUUUUUUUGUGUAUAUAGCUGAAUGUGUGAAGCUUUGUGAAAGAGAAUGAUUGUGUUGUACAUUUCAGUUGAAGAAGUUUACAUAAAUGUGUGUGAGGUUGUGUGUUUGAAUGAAUGAUUCUGUGAUCUAUUAAAACGAUAACCAUGGUGCUCUUGUGCAAGUUGUUGUGCCAUCAAUUUUAAUAUUUAAAUCGUUUUGCAUUGUGCAUUACACUGAAUUAGAGGCAUUUACUAAAACUGUACUCUCUUCACUAACAAUUGUGUCAUCAUCAAUCUCUUCAAAAUAAUCAUUUUGGAGAGAAGGAAUCAGUAUGAGAGAAAAGGUUUGACUUAAAUGUCACAUUGAAAACAUCACAAUUUAUUCAAGAUGUCUUAUGCAGAACCAGGAAAGACUUCCUUGAAAAUUUAAGUAAGAGACUCUUUUCUUGUCUCAUUGUAUUACUGAAUUGUUAUUUUGUUUGUAUUGCUUUGUUUUGUUUUCAAACAUCAUCAUGGCAGCUGAAAAGGAAAGCAAACUUAUGGUUCAUGUUGAGUUUGUGAAGUUGGCACACAUCGACUAGCAUUUUUGGUGUUAUAACCAUUUUCGGACAGAAGAUGGCUGUAUAGCUCAAAACAAUCUAUCCAAAGAAUGCCUUAGUCAUGAAAGCAAAAAAUGCUCUUUGCUGGAACAUUUUGACUUGUUCAAGACUGGCCAGUUUUCUGUGCAAAACCGCUUUCUGUCACCUAGCCCAUUCAUUGGACAUACAAGAAAGUUUUAAAUAUUGACUCAUAUAUUGGAUGAUUCUAAAGUAUGUCUGUUCUUAGUUCUGACACAUUUUCUUUUGUGUCAUUUUUCCACAAAAGAGAUACUGUAUUAGUUUGUUGUGCUUAUAGGAUCUCAAAAGCCAUUUUCACAUUUAAGGAAUGUUUGUACAAAGAUAUCUUCAGCACAUUGCACAUUCUUUAUGUAAGUCAAACAGGCAUCUGUGCUGCAACCUGUCAUAGUUUGAUGCUUGCUACCAAUGGUUUAAAAUUUCAAGUCAGAAUUAUUUUUUGUAACAACGAAAGGCCUUGUACAACACCCCUUUGGAUUUUCUCUAUUCUUCUUCUUUUUUUCUUUAGUUCGAUUAAUUAACAAUCUGUGAAUAAUUUGUUGCUUAUUUAAUAAUAACGUUGUCUUGUUAAAUGUUUAGCUCUAUUAGAAGAAAAUGAAUUUUGUUUAAGUUUAAGAUGUUUGUACUUACAAGUUCCUCACAAUAAUUUUUUUUACCUCACUAAAAUAUGUGAAAUCAGCUGUUCAAAUUUGACUUAAUAAUGUGAUGUGAAAUAUUUGUAUUUUAUGAAGCAAUUGUUCAUAAUUAAUUUUAUUUCUGCUCUUUGUGGCUUUCUAUUUUUACGAUUUGUUACUGUUAGGAGGAAACAAUGCUCCUUGUGCCAAUUAUCCCAUUCUAAAUCCUUUUUCUUGUUAUUUUUCCACUGCCUGAAGCCACAAAGGGUACUUGUGAUCACUAGGUUUACUUAUGUUACACACUGCAGCCACUUUAUGUUGUGUCUUUUUUUCCUUGUCUUUUUUUAAUGUGUCAAGAAAAAGCCACACAAGGACCAAAGGUGACCUUAAUGCUCAUUAAUAAUUUUAUGAAGUUUGGAUGAGCAAGGCCUCUGCAAUAAAACAAAAAGAAAAUUGCAUUCAAAAAGUUUUGUACCUCAAUGGGGAUCUGAUUUUGAAGUCAUUAGUUGUAACAGAUAAGGUAUUGUAUUGUGCGAACAGUUGGAGCCUAGGUCUGAAUGUAUUCAUACUUUUUUUUCCUGAACACUUAGAUCACAUACUGGUUGUCUCAGUCAAAACGAAGGACUAUUUUCAACAUCAAAGACAACCACCUCGUGACUGAAAGUCCUGUCUGGUUAUAGAAUUAAAAUUAGCGUAUUUAUAAAAAUAAAUUAAUGAAAGACUUAAUUUUUGUUGUGUACAUUUAUAAUGUGUUUACUAAACCAAAUUAUUGAUGUAAAUAAAGGACGUAAAACUGACAAACUGAA